UUGCUCUUUGGCUACGACACUGGGUAAGCACACAUACACACACACACACACACACACAACACACACACACAACACAACGCGGCAUACGAUCGAAUACCACCGUCUCAACGACGACGAGCAAGAGAAGGAAAAGGACGCGAUGGCGCUUGUGCUCAUAUUCGUGUGUUCGUGGUGGAAUUCUUCCGAGACUUGGACGCUGAUUCGUGACGGACUGUAGAACGAUUAACGGUAUCCUCUCCAUGACGGCCUUCCGACGAGACUUCUCGACCGGCUAUACCGAAAACCUGAAGCCCGCUAUUUCACCCGCCGAAUCCUCCAUCAUCGUCGCAAUCCUCAGUGCCGGCACAGUCCUCGGCGCUCUCCUCGCCGCACCCAUCGGCGAUAGUUGGGGCCGUCGCAUCUCGCUCAUCUUAUCCGCCGGCGUCUUCAGCUUCGGUGGUAUUUUCCAAGUCUGCGCGCACGACAUCCCAAUGCUCUUGGUCGGAAGGUUUUUUGCUGGUGUCGGCGUCGGAUCUAUCUCAGUACUCGUACCAGUCUAUCAGUCAGAAAUGGCUCCAAAGUGGAUUCGAGGCACCCUCGUCUGCGCCUAUCAACUUUCCAUCACCAUUGGUUUAUUGUCCGCAUCCUUUGUCAACAUCUUGACCGAAAAGCUCGACUCGGGCGCCGCGUACCGCAUUCCGCUUGGCCUUCAACUUGUGUGGGCCGUCGUCUUGACCCUCGGUCUUCUGGUCCUCCCCGAAACACCACGCUUUCUUGUCAAAAAGGGCAAGCCAGAGGCCGCAGGUCUAUCACUAAGUCGCCUCCGUCGCCUCGAUAUUACCCAUCCCGCCCUACUCGACGAGCUUCAGGAGAUUGUGGCGAACCACGAGUAUGAACUCACGCUUGGCCCAGACUCCUACAAGGAAAUCUUUUAUGGGUCUCCCCAUCUUGGUCGAAGAACUCUCACUGGAUGUUGCCUUCAGAUGCUGCAACAACUUACGGGUAUCAACUUCAUCAUGUACUACAGCACAUCCUUCUUCGAUGGCGCCAGGGUUGAGAACCCUUACGUCAAGGCUCUCAUCAUCAACAUUAUCAAUGUCGUUGGAACAGUUCCGGGCCUCCUUGUCAUCGAAUCGUGGGGCCGUCGCAAGUUGCUCAUGGUCGGUGCUAUCGGCAUGGCAGUCUGUCAACUCCUCAUCGCUUCCUUCUCUACGGCUGCCGGCGAGAACCUACAGCAGGCCGCGCAAACCAUCCUAAUCGUUUUCUGUGCCAUCAACAUCUUCUUCUUCGCGGCAUCAUGGGGCCCUGUGUGCUGGGUUAUUACGUCCGAGAUUUAUCCCCUAAAGAUCCGUGCAAAGGCUGCCUCGAUUUCGACCGCUUCCAACUGGCUCUUGAACUUCGGCAUCGCAUACGGCACUCCCUUCAUGGUUGGUCAAGGGCCUGGCUACGCCGAUAUUGGCCCCAAGAUCUUCUUUCUUUGGGGUGCAUUUUGCAUUCUGGCAGUUCUGUUUGUAUGGUGUAUGGUCUUCGAGACUAGCAAGAUCAGUCUUGAGCAGAUUGAUGAGAUGUACGAACGUGUCGACUACGCCUGGAACAGCACCAGGUUUGAACCGAGCUGGAGCUUCCAACAAAUUCUAGACGAAGGCUGGUCACCUAGUGGUCAACCCCCUCCAGAACACGAAUUGCAGCAAACACAGACGAACUCCACGACCCAAACUACACAAACCUCACAAACAAACUCAAAUUCGGCAACAUCAACAAACACCGGCGCGACUGCGAGCUCGACAGAAGCGGAAGCGAAGAUGUUAUCCCAGAUGGGUAAUGUGGACUUCAGUUAUUGAUCAUUUAUACCCAUCUUCUACUUUAUAUCUGAUGUUACUAUUACCACUCUUUUUCUUUCCUUGUCAUUUCAAAUCAUAUCCCGGAUAGCAGCGUCGGAGUUCACAAUGUCUGGAGUUUACGGGGGGUUCAUUGGCCAUAACCACCGAUGGGCGGUUGGUUUUGGGGGUUCAUUUUGGCGGAAACAGGUUUUGCCACUAUAUUGCAGCGCAGCGGUUGUUUGGACAAAGAAAGUUAAGAUAUCACGGUCAACGUCGACGAGAAUAUCCCAUUAUGGUUUGACGAAGGAGUCAGCUUUUAUGGCGUAAGGGAGUCGAUGAUAUAUCAAACCCACCUCUCUGGGCAUAACACCUUAGUAUGAC